UGGAGUACGGAAUUCAAUAUGGCGCUGGUGCUGUAGACGGAGGGCCCUUGUGGCUGUCACUCGGACGCUGAAUUUGGGCCGGAGCGCAGUCCCGAUGGAGAGCUGCGAGUACGAGAUGGUUCGUAACAAGACGCUUCUCUUCUUCUUCGAGCGGCUGAUGGACAAGGGUGGCCCGCGCACCCUGCACGACCUGAGCUGCCAGUUCGGGGCCAAGGGCUUCACCAAGGAGAUGAGGCAGAUCGCCGGUGGCUCGCAGUCCGGCCUCAAGAAGUUCCUCGCCCAAUACCCCUCGCUCUUCACCAUCAACGGGGACUUUGUCUACGUCAACCAGUUCACCGGACAGUCUGGAGACAACGGCAGCAACAACGGGCAGCGGGGCGUUCGGGAGCGGGACUACGCGCAGGAGGCGGUCGAGUACUUCAGCGCCAAGCUGAGCCAGUACGGCCCUGGCACGGAGGUGCCGAUCCGCAGCCUGCUGGGCCACAGGUCGCAGGCGUCGCCCGAGGUGCGUCACAUCUCCGGCCAGCACAUCAGCACGUUCCGCGAGUUCCUGAUGCGCCACCCGGACGCGUUCGCCGUCGGCGAGGAGGCGGUGAUGCUGCGCGAGUACGAGGGCAUGCAGCCCAACCCCUUCCACGAGCUGCCCCCGGAGACCAGUGUGGACCCUGAGAUCACCUCCAAGCUCAUCAACUUCCUCGUCGCCUGCCUGGAGGGAAAAGGCCCCAUGCUGGUCGACCAGCUCUUCCACUCGGUCUGCACCAAGUUCCCUCAGGAUGUGUGGUCUUGCAUGUUCAAAACGCCGCAAGACCUGUCCACCUUCCUGAAGAUGAACUCGAACACGUUCAACGUGCAGAGUUCGCUUGUAACGCUGGUGCAGCGGCCGAACGCGACCACCGGCCUGACGUCGAGCCCUUCGCCGCAGACGCAGCACAACCCCACCAAAGAACUGGAUCAGUGCAACAACAAUGAGAAUCUCAACAUUGAGUCGGAACUAAACAUCAACAACAACAUCAACUUCGCCCCGUCGGUCGGGACCGGACAGAAGCAGACGCCUAAAAUAAUGAGUCUACGCCAGAGGAUUAACUCUUUGGUCAUGAAGACCCUGGCGGACAACACGGAGAGAGACCGCAUCGCAGCCUCAGCCAGCAUCCACUCGACAGCUAGUACACCUCCAGACACGUCAGGGAACAGAACGCGGGUGCUGCAAAAGUCGCGUGUCAUCCAGAGCGUGCAGGAGGCGAACGCGGUCAUUUCUGAAAUAUACAAAAGCAAACCUUGCGCCGUCUCGUUCGACUGCGAGGGAAUCAACCUGGGCGCGCGUGGCCAGCUCACCCUGAUGCAGUUGGCCACCUUGAAUGGCAAUGCGUACGUCUUCGACCUCCUCACCUGUCCUGCCCUGAUCUCCGAAGGCGGCCUCCACACUUUACUUGAGUCUUCAGAAAUUGUUAAGAUUAUUCACGACUGCCGGAACGACAGCGUUAAUUUGUACAACCAGUACGGCAUUACGCUAAACAACGUUUUUGACACGCAGGCGGCACACGCGAUCCUGCAGCUGCAAGAGACAGGCAAGCCGGUGUACAAGGUGAAGAACGUGAGUCUGAACACGCUGUGCGAGCUCUACCAGGCGCCCAUCAACCCCAUGAAGGACCAGCUCAAGAGCGUCUACCGCCGCGACCAGCGCUUUUGGGCUCGCAGGCCGCUCACCAGGGACAUGAUUUUCUACGCGGCCGCCGACGUGCUCGCACUCGUGCCCCAGGUCUACGAGGGCAUGCGCAGGCUGAUUCAACCCGAGCGCGAAGCCCUUUUCCAAGACUUGUGCAAAGAGCAGGUGAUGAUGCACGUGACUCCGUCGGAGGUCAAACUGCAGAAGAAGCAGCGCAAAGUCGAGACUGAGGUCGUCGACCUGAAGAACAAACUGGCUAUCGCCCAGGGUGCUAAGUCCCUGGUGCUGAGCAACAGGGAAAUUAGACUGCUUAGAUAUGUUGAGUUGACUGAAGAUGAGAAAAACAAACUGCGAGGGUCGUACAAGGUGGCUCGCAAGCUGGAAAAGCUUGAAGGCGCCGGCGGCGACCGCUCGUACAGUGAUGACGACGAAGACGAGGAAGAAAGUGAGGACUUCACUGGGGACUUUCCCAGCCUGGACAGCACCUGCAGUGGCCAAACUUCUCCCGAUGCUUCUCUUACAGCAGGUUUAGUGACCUCUCCGCCCUUAUCGUUGAACCCUCCAACUCUGACGGAAAGCAUGCAAAUGAUGGACGAAAUUCUGUCAGACGGCCUCAUGGACAAAGUGGAGAAGAUGGAGCGGCUGGAGGCAGUCCUGUCGGCGGCCACCUCCAGUCUGGACCGGCUGGCGUCGGACUCUGCCGAACAGUCGCUGUGCGUGUGUCAGUGCCACCAGCGCGACGUGCUGCACGUUUCCGCCACCACCUCGCCCAUGAACUCAAUCGCCCCCUCCGCGCCCCGCGCCGAGGUCGCCAGCCAAACGCUGGCUACCGGCGACAUUGUAAUCACCAGGAUUUUUUUCACCGAAGAGGAGAAGGAGCGAGAGAAAACGCUCACUCCUCGGGGGGACGAAUGAAUUUCGAUUGGACGGGCGAAUUAGGUUUGGUGGUUUUCCACUUUUACGUUGAUUCUCAUCGACAAGGAAACUUUUAGGAUGCUAUGUUUUAGUUAGUGGGAAAUUUAUUUUUAGCGAGUUUUGAAAUAAAAUCAAAGUCGAAGGUUUUUGGGAGUAAUGUUGUUCUGUAAAAGGAUCGAAAAUAGAAUGUUCAAUUCAGGUUACGUUUAAUUGUGAUUUAAUUGUUUGUAAAAAAUAAACCAAUUAAAAUAUAGCAUCCUAAUAGGUCCUUGUGAGCUGUUUUUGGUCCUCGGCGCCAUAGUACUUUUUUAAUUUAUUGCUACUCCAUCAUUCAAUGACAUUAAAGAGGUUAGAACUUUGCCAGAAUAUUUUAUUUAGUUCAAAAUGAAGUGAUUUUUUCUUUUUUUAACUACACCAAAUUAUUUAGUGUUUGUGUUCACUCAACAUCGAUUUUUUUUAACCACUUGCGGUGUCCUCACAACCUUUUUGUAGACAAUAAUCUGAUCUUGAGUUUUUGUUGUUGAUAUGUGCAUCAUUUUCAUUGUUUGUUUAUUAUUCCAAUACAUUCCGGCGUGAAAGGGAUUUUUAAUCGCGUGUUUCUUCCCUGUUUUAUUUACAUUUAACUUUCACUGGGAAAAGUGCCAAACCUAAUUAUCACACACUUAUUGUGCCCACAUUUUGUUUUCAAGAAGGAAAUUUUCCCAGUAUUAGCCAGUAGACAAUAUAGCGAUGCAAAGUGCUCACUAAAUUUUUAACAAUUGCUAAUAGUUUUUGGAAUAUUAUUUGUUAUAUAUUUAUUGGUCACAUACACUUGCUACAACUGAGAGUGUGUGAAUUAGUGCCUAUUAAUGAAUUUUGCAUGAAUGAGCAGAGCUGUAACUUCGUGUAACACGUGCAAUGACAAAAUGAUGUUUUGUGGUGAUGAACAAAAGUGCAGCUAAAUGAGUGAGUCGUCAGUGGUUGAAAAUGGUAACUUACUAGUAGACUCUCUGGGCUUUCUAAAUUUAUAAUUUAAAAUAUUUUUAUAAAGAGUUGAAUUUCAGACUUUCUUAAUUUUAUUUAAAAAAAGGUUAAAUGGUAAAAUGAAACUGUAGAAGAAAUGAUAAAUUUUUCCAAGAUGUUACGGUCAGUGUUUAAAUCAUUCAAAAAAAUAAAUGAGAGUAGCUCUGACUCUGUCAAUUCUCUUUUUAAUAAUUUCUUAACUGGCUGUACCUAAAAUCUUCGAAUUUUUCUGAUGCCAUCAAGAUUUGGAAUUUCCUUUCUAAAAUCUUCAAAUCGCCAUUGUUGCAUAAAUUUCCUCGCAGGUAAAAUUGGAUCAUAAAUAAUUACGCCUUUUAUAUAAAAACUAAAUUUCGUUGAACAGAAAGCCCUCAGAUCUCAGAAUCAGCUUUUAUUUGUUACCAUUAUCAAAUACUGCCGAUUUCACUCAAAAAAUAAAAGGAUCGCAUACAUACAAAAUUAAUUCAAUGAGCUCUCAGAUUUCUUAAUAUCAACAAUUAAGAAUGUCUGACGACAUGCCUUAUGUGUUGAACAAGUAUUCACACUACUUGAUAUAUAUACAGGUGAUUUUAUGAUACAUAAUUAUUAUAUAUACACAUACCCACACCUCUUCUAAAGCGUCAGAAUGGUUGACUUAAAAAAAAUAUUACUUUCAUUGCAUAAUCUGUGAUUACUUGAGCUGGUCGGAGCUCAAUGUUGAAUGUUGAUGGUUCUUGUGAUCGCACCCCCCAAAUAAUUUCGCUUUAUUCUCCUUUUAUUAUUGUGAGUAACCGCUUGAAAAACGUACUUAAUAUCUAUCCCAAUUUGUUUGAUUAACACUCUACAUAAUAUGUGUUGAAAUGACACACAUUGCUCACUAAAUAAUGAUACACUCACGUGACAAAAAAAGCGAGUUGAAUUCACGUGAAAACUAUUUUCUAUAUAUUAUUAUAUCCCCCCAAUGAAUUUUAAUGACACACACACUGGCCAUAUUUUAUUAAAGGUGUAAAUAUAUCACGCUUUUCAUGUUCAAAGUAAGCAGUUCAAUUUUUGAAAACGGUCGCCUCUGUAAUCAAUCGCAAAAGAAAAUUGUGCAUCUAUAGGGACGUAGCUCGUAUACACGUACACCGGGAAUAUACUGACGAUAUUAAUUAAUACUUGAUAUAAAUAAUAGCUAGUCGUAGCAGCAGCAGUGUAUCUGGAGAAUGAUUAUGAGACACACUUCUUAAUUAAGAAUGAUAGACAACAACUCAUCUUUUGGGGGACAUCAACGGGGGAUGUAUAUAAUAGUUGAUUAUUUAUCAAUAAAUUUAUUAUUUACCAACAA